AUGCUGAGGCCAGAUAUAAAGCUGAAGAUAUGAUACCAGAAGGUUCCAAAAUUUCAGAAAAGAAAGCAAUAUCUCUUGGAGAACUGGUGCAAAAAAAGUUUAUUGAUAUUUCAAAAAAACUAAAAAAACCUAAACCCCCAUCUCAUAAUUCAUCUGCUACUUUCGGGUGGAAAGAUAUAUGGAAUUUCUUACGAAACAACUGGAAGCAAGUUACUGGGAUCAGCAUAUUAAUGGACUUUCUUGUUGCUUUUGUCGUGAAUAAGUUUAAUGAGUAUCGUGUCAGUUCAGCUCUAGAAAAUGGUACUAGGCCUGUGCCAAAAGUGAAAGAUGAGCAGUUUGUUUUUCGAUCUCAAAUUUUCAAAACCCUUGAGAAAGUAUUUCAACCAGAUGAAGAUCAUUCAUAUUAUCAUGUCAUCUGCGGAGAACAUGGAACCGGGAAGACAACAUUGACUAGAAGGGAGGCAACAAAUGUUAGAAAAGGUGUCAUAUAUGUUGAUAUUCCUUCUAAUUUUAAUUACUUGGGAAAAUCCUUUGGAAAUGCUAUUAAUUUGUUAUUCUUUGAAGACACCUCUAUUACAGCAUUUCUGGUUCGAAAAUUCUUUUCUUUCGCAAUAGGUUUAACUGGGGGUGAGACUGCCAUUUCCUCUUAUCAAUGGGAGAGAAUUAUGGAAAUCUUUCGACGUGCUUCUGAAGUGUAUAAAGAAAAAUAUGGAAAACCAUCAGUUAUUAUUUAUGAUAAUGUUAGCCAAUUGAUUCUUGAAAAUUCAAAAAUUCUUGAUAUUCUUCAGGAUGAGGCCAAGUACAGUGCUGAUGAAAGAACAUAUAUUGCUGUAUUUGUCAGCAGUGAAAUGCGUAGUGCUUGGUCUCGUGCAGAAGAUCCAAUUGAAAUUGGUGAUCUCACCAAAGAAGAAUCAUUGGAUUACCUGAUCAAUAAGCGUAAGGUUGAUGCUAAAGAAGCAGAAAAAUUAAAUGAUUUAAUUGGUGGGCGAAUUUUAGAGCUGAAGUCUGCAGUAGAUAAACUUCAAAAAGGACAAUCCUUUGAAGAUAUUAAAAGGAUAAAGUUUAAGCAAGUUGAGGAUAAAUUCAGAGAAGCAAAACUUCUUGAAAAAUACGAAUAUCAUGAAGUAGGAAAGUGUGUUAUCAGCGCUUUGCUAAAUUCCAAAGAGCUUAACUGUAUUGAAUUUGAAAAGUUUUUCAAUAAGCCCAUGGAAUCCAAUGAAAUUUUAGAGAAAAAU